AUGUAUCCAGUCUGGGUGAUACAAGUACAGGCUUCCUGACAGAGAGAUUCACACCUGGAUUUGUAGUUUAGAAUCUGUCCACUACUGUGCUUUGACAGUAUUUUAGACACCUGAUGCUGUCCUUACUUCUACUUCAUUUUGGACUGUAUGUUUAGCUUAUCAGGCACAUGGUUUGGAGAGCUUUUGUGGAUCAAGGAAAGAAACAGACUCUCAGGCAGGAACCAGUUUUCCAUUACAAAUGGGGUUUGUGAAAAAAAGUGAAGGGCAGUACUGUUGCUUCACCUUGAGAUACAAUUUGUUUUAAAGAUGAAAUGUUUCCACAAACCUUUGGUCGUGAUGUGCACCUGCUGUGUUUUUAGUACAGCAUGAAAUGAACAGCAAAUCUGUCUCAGUAAAAAAUGCUCAAUCGGUUAUGUCGACUGUAACUGAACCUGUGUGAGACUAAACAGAUGAAAUUCCCUCUUCAUUGGAUAAACUGUUCCCCCGGAUAUAAUGUCUGGUCUCAGGCCGUAUUUGACAUUUAUUUUUCAGUGGUUAAGCUUGUGGUUGAAGCAUUGUUUUGCAAGGUUGUGGAAGGCGGUUUCAGCAGCACACCCCUGGAUGACUGCUUCAUCUGGUGGAACAAUGGACAGAGCAUGUACAGGGGGAGUUCAUGAGGAAUGGAAGACUGAUAUGGCAUACCGCACAUAUCUCCAUGGAGAUGGCAGUCAUACCAUGGUUACAAUCCAGACCAGCACUCAUGUUUUCCAUGUGGAUCUGGGAAGGCUUUCAGCCUGCAGUGAGUACUUCAGAGCCUUGUCUGAAUCCAGUAUGAGAGAGACCUCAGAGAGCCUCAUCCAUCUGGACUACAUUCCAUCCUCUGUGCUUCACAGUCUUCUGGAAUUCACUUUUUGGAACAGCUUUAAUGUUCCUAAAGAAGAGCUGGGGAUUCACAUACAGGUGGGUAGCUACCUCCUGGCUGAGGAUUUCCUGUCACGGUGCCUGUCAGCCCUGGACAGUGUGCUUACCCCAGAUACCUGCCUGUUCUACCUGGGUCUGGCCCAGGACAUCUGCUGCACUGAAUUGCGGACAACAGUGUUCACCUACCUGAGCAGAAACCUGUUGGAGCUGCCUCACCUCACCAGGAGGGAGGAUCCUCAGGAGAGGGCGGAGCUGCUUUGGCUGAGGUCGCAGGGUGACCUCCAGCUGUGUAGCCUCAGAAAAGAGAACCUGACCUCUUGGAAUGACCCAGAGACAGAAGCUUCCCGUCACAUUUUCAGAUUCGAGGGUUCAGAGGUCAACGGAGAAUGGCAUCCAAUCGCAGAGCUCCCCUUCUUGGCUGAUAAGUGGUGUUUCACCACAGUGGUCCUGUAUAACUACCUGUUUUUCAUAGGUGGUUACAGGCAGCGACUGAAAAGAGGGUGGGAGUUCAAAAUGGCCUCUUUUAGAUACAAUCCCUUUACUAAUACCUGGGUCUCAACUGCCCCUCUGAUCAAGCACAGAAGGCAUUUCAGUGCAGUGGCAUGUGAUGGCUGUAUCUAUGCUGUUGGAGGCUGGUACUUGGACUCUCUGGUGACCCCAGACUCCAGCACCACCCUCUACACUGCGGUGGAGUGCUACAACCCCUGGGAGGAUACAUGGAGAUUUGUUUCCUCGUUGCCCAUGACUGACUUCUUGUUCAGUAUGUCCAUGUCCCAUGAUGUCCCUUUGACCAGCAGUCUGGGACACUUCCUCUAUGUCCUGGGAAACAUACAGAGGACUGGAGAGAAACUGGUCCUACAGUACAACACCAGAAAAGACACUUGGUGUGAGCUGCUUCCUACUCUUACCAGGACUGAUGCAAACAUACCUAGUGUUUACUUUCUGGGGGCCACAGACAAGCUGUUUGUAAUUGGAGGGAACAACUCAGAAAACCUAGUGGCAUCAUUCUCUGUGGAGUUUCAGCAGUGGGGGAAGGUACAAGUGGCUGAGAAGGUGGCAUUAGCCGGGCAGGGAGCGGUGCUAGGUAACCAGGUCUAUAUGCCUGGAAUCGAACACAAUGCUAUCGUCAGACUGGAUCUCAACACACUCUCCCUUAGUGUCCUCCCUCCUCUUCCCAUCUCAACCAACUACGAGGCACUCUUUCACCUUCAUUUUUAAUAGACCCUAUUCUGCAGCCUGGUCUUGUCAUUACUCCUCAUAAGUGUACGGUCGACCUUAUAACAGUGUGACAGGAAAUGGAACAUAAAGUUAUUUGGCAAAAUGUUGCUACAUAAACAAACAAUUCCAUUGAACAGAGAAACCUUACACAAACAUACAGUAUAUCUGUCCUGCAGCCAGUAAAGCAAUACUACUGUAAUAUAGUACUGUAGGCCUAUAUUGUUGUUGAGACCCUGCAAGCAAGUAUUUGGACUACUUUCCUUGUUCUGUGUAUAGGCUACUGUACAUGUAUGCCAGUUCAUAUGACAAUAAACUACAGUAGUGCUAACCAACUAUGAA